AUGAUGUUAAGGUUAAUCUCCUUGUUGUCCAUAUCCCUUAUCUAUGUAAAUUCCUUGGAUUUACCUAUUGUGCUACCACCUUUUGGCACAGACCAAGCAGAUGUUAAAAGUCCCGAUGCCAGUUGGGGCACAUGUUUGUUGUAUUUGGAGUCAAUAAAUGUAAUUGUAUACAACAAAAAGGAGAAGACUGGUUAUGUUGCUCGAGUCGACAGUGACGAGGGUGAACAGAAAAAGAAGAACACUUACACUUUCGACAAGUCGUAUGUCAAAUGCGCUAACAUUUCUCAGGAAUUAAAGGACAAGAAACGAUCUGAGAAUUCGUAAGUGAAAUCAGGAUAUUAUUUUAGUUUUUUAUUUAAGAUUUACUGUGGAUGUAACGCUUGGACAAGAAGUCCAAGUCAAGGAUAAGGACACUGUUCAAUUCUCUCUCCCAGGUCCCAUCAAGCUCACGUAUGUUGGCUUUCAUAUAUUUUUAGUUGUGUUUCUCUUACUUUAUUGUUACUUUUUAGAUUGCAAUUUGCAACAUUCCCUACCAAUGAUUGGAAUCUGACCUCCAUCAAAUUGGAGAAGGAUUUGGUGAUCAAAAAGGGAGCAUUCGGAGAGGUAAGCCGCAAUCUUAUUCUUUAUUGGUCUUUUAGGACUUUACCAUUGCCUCUGGAGCGACCGCUAACCCCUUAAGCGUUAGGUCGAUGGGUGUUGGAGGUUUCAACGGAUACAAUUUCGCCUGUUCCAACACUAAAUUCGCGGUUUUCACCCUUGACAAGAAGGACUAUGAAAUCGGAAUCUCGUUCGGAAACUUGCAGGCAAGUUUUAAACUUAACUUCUGGAAAAUUAUAUUAUUAUAAUUUUUAGGUACAAAAUGAUGGUUAUGCGGUAUCCAAAGACGGAAAGACGCCCCAAUUUACUCACAAUGUCAACGAUUGUAUUGGUACCUUUAGUGCCGGCUCUUGGAUGGGAAUCUUGGUCACCAUUCUUCUUGGAUCUGUCCUUAUAUUCGGUUUCUUGAUGUUGAACUCGGUCCAAUCAACAGAUAGAUUUGAUGACCCCAAACAAAAGCAGCUUAUUAUCAAUUCGAAGGAUUAA